UAUAAACCUUAUAGCAGUUAACACUUGACGACAUUUAAGCAUCUCAAAUGAUAAUCUUCAAUGCGCCCAGCAUGCUUUGAAUAAGGAUAUAAGAUAGGGAUAUCAUGGAGUAUAUGUUUUAGUAACAAGUUAGCUCUACAAUCAACACUAUUAUUAGAGCUUUGAAUGUAAUUAGAUAGUUAGAAGCUCAUAUGUGUACAUUAAGUUCAUGUGAAAUCCAUGCAGAUCAUGAAGAUAGAGAAGGAUCAUAUAUUCGAAAAUGUCAAUACGUAAAUGGGAGUAAUUGCUUAUGCAAGCUGUGAAAAUAUUGGCUUAGCAUCGGUUUUAGAGUGAGAAACACAAUAGUUAUAUCAAAGUAAUAUUAGAAACUCAUUAGUUUAAACGGUUGGACAUAGGA